UUUUUUCAUUUCGUUUCGUUUUGUUUUAUUUCGCACUUCAUUCAAAAAAACAAAACAUUAUUUCAUCAAUCAAUCAUGAUUAGUAUGUCUCAAGAGGAAAUUAUUGCCAAUACUAAAACAGUUGUACAAGGAUUGGAAGCAUUGAAAAAUGAAAAUUGUACAAUAUUAUCUGGCCUAUUACAAUCAUUACAAUUGGUUAAAGAAACAUCAACCAAAUCUGGUAAUAAUGAUGUAAAUACACGUUUGAUGGAAGAAAAAGCAUCGAUUAUUAGAAAAAGUAUUGAAUCAAUUGAUUUAGGUCUGAAUGAAGCUCAUGUAAUGAUGGCUUUAGCUGGACAUUUACAAAGUAUUGAAGCAGAAAAACAAAAAUUUCGUGCUCAAGUAAGACGUCUUUGUCAGGAAAAUUCAUGGUUACGUGAUGAAUUGGCCAAUACACAACAACGGCUACAACUUUCCGAACAAACAGUUGCACAAUUGGAAGAAGAAAAAAGACAUCUUGAAUAUAUGAAUUCAUUGAAAAAAUAUGAAACCGGUGAAGCUAGUGUUUCCGAAGAAAGUUCUACAUCAAAAAGUAAAACUGAUAAUGAAAAAGAUCCAUUAGAUCUUGGAUUUCCCGAUGAUGAUGAUGAUGAUAAUGUUCAUCCGGGUGGCCUUACAUCAACACCACCCGGUUGUCAGAUGGCAACCGGUGGUAAUCCUGGUUACGAAAUACCAGCACGUUUACGUACAUUACAUAAUCUGGUUAUACAAUAUGCAUCACAAGGACGAUAUGAAGUAGCUGUACCAUUAUGUAAACAAGCAUUAGAAGAUUUGGAAAAAUCUAGUGGUCAUGAUCAUCCUGAUGUUGCUACAAUGUUAAACAUUUUAGCAUUGGUUUAUCGUGAUCAAUAUAAAUAUAAAGAAGCGGCUAAUCUAUUGAAUGAUGCAUUGGCUAUCCGAGAGAAAACAUUGGGUGAAAAUCAUCCUGCUGUUGCGGCUACAUUAAAUAAUUUGGCCGUAUUGUAUGGAAAACGUUCACGUUAUAAAGAAGCUGAACCAUUAUGUAAACGUGCAUUAGAAAUACGUGAACGUGUACUUGGCAAAAAUCAUCCAGAUGUUGCAAAACAAUUAAAUAAUUUAGCAUUAUUAUGUCAAAAUCAAGGAAAAUAUGAUGAAGUUGAAAAGUAUUAUAUGCGUGCAUUAGAAAUAUAUGAAAGUGCACUUGGUCCGGAUGAUCCAAAUGUUGCUAAGACAAAAAAUAAUCUUGCAUCAGCUUAUUUAAAACAAUCAAAAUAUAAAGAAGCUGAAGCACUUUAUAAAGAAAUUCUUACACGUGUUCAUGAAAGAGAAUUUGGUAAUAUAAAUGAAGAAAAUAAACCAAUUUGGCAAUUGGCUGAAGAACGUGAAGAACGUAAAAAUGGUACACCAACUAUUUCCGAUUAUGGUGGCUGGUAUAAAGCUGUUGAUAAAUGUCCAACGGUUGCAACAACAUUGAAAAAUUUGGUCGCAUUAUAUCGUAAGAUUGGCAAAAUGGAUGCAGCUGAAGUUUUGGAAGAUCUGACUGCUGCACGAAUCAAUAAAGAUAAUCAUGAAUUAACAGGCAACAACAACAACAACAAUAGGCAAGAUAAACGACGAUCAUUAAUUUUUAAGGAUAGUUUGGGACGUGGAUCUCAGGAAUCGUUGGAAACCACCAACAACAACAUCAACAUCAACGCCGGAACAAUCGAAAUGACUUCAUCGACAUCAUUAACAUCACCACUACCACCACCAUCAUCAUCAUCAUUAUCAUCAUCAUCGUUCAUGAAUGAUAAUAAUAACCAUAGAAAUUCAUUAUCAUCAUCAUCAUCAUCAUCGAUUCUUCGUUUAGUAUCAUCAAAUUCAUUUGGUAAUCUAGUGGAACAACAAAAUAGUGGUAACAAUAAUUUAUCAAAAAUCAAUUUAAAAUCCAAACUAUUUAGUGCAUUGGGUUUUCCACAACAACAACAACAACAACCACCUUCUUCAACAUCACCAAAUUAAUUAAUCACUUAUUAUUAUUAUCAACUUUAGUUUUUUUCUUUUCUUUAUUCUAUUCCUUCAAAAGAA